UAUGUUUAAAGUUAAUGGUUGCCCUUUUCUUCGUUUGAUACAUUCGUUGUGUUCAUCACUCUGAAUGUAGAUUUAAAAGUAAGCAUUUUUUAUUGCAGGGAAGUGGGUUCACUUUACUGUGAGUUCUUUGUUGGUUUAGGAGAUAACCAUUACCGGCAAAUCUCUAGCUUUAUUAAGAUGGCAGAUAUAGCUAAGGACUUAACUGCUGGGACCGUUGGAGGGGCAGCACAGUUGGUAUGCGGGCACCCCUUUGACACCAUCAAGGUCAAGCUCCAAAGCCAGCCUACCCCAGCCCCAGGCCAACUCCCCAAGUAUUCAGGUGCCAUGGAUGCUGUUAAGCAAACAAUUGCAGCUGAAGGCCCAAGGGGCUUGUACAAAGGUAUGGGGGCCCCACUUGCCACAGUGGCAGCAUUAAAUGCUGUCCUUUUCACUGUACGAGGACAGAUGGAAGCUUUGUUGAGGUCCGAACCCGGUGCUCCUCUUUCAGUUAGUCAGCAGGUUGUAUGUGGUGCUGGGGCUGGAGUUGCGGUGUCCUUCCUUGCAUGCCCCACCGAGUUGAUCAAGUGCAGGUUGCAAGCCCAGAGUACUUUGGCAGAUUCUGUCUCUGCAUCUGGGAAAAUGAAGUAUGGAGGUCCAAUGGAUGUUGCAAGGCAUGUUCUCUCAGAAAGGGGUGUAAGGGGCCUCUUCAAAGGUCUAGUACCCACCCUUGGCCGUGAAGUCCCUGGAAAUGCUGUGAUGUUUGGUGUCUAUGAAGCCUUCAAACAGUUCCUUGCUGGGGGCAAAGACACUUCUUCUCUAAGUCGAAGCUCUUUAAUUGUUGCUGGAGGCGUAGCAGGAGGCUCUUUGUGGCUCUUAGUCUAUCCAGCUGAUGUCAUAAAGAGUGUUCUUCAAGUUGAUGACUUCAAGAAUCCAAAGUUCUCGGGUUCCGUUGAUGCCUUCAAGAAGAUCCUAGCAUCUGAGGGAGUUAAAGGAUUGUAUAAAGGAUUUGGGCCUGCAAUGAGCCGCAGUGUUCCAGCGAAUGCAGCCUGCUUCUUGGCAUAUGAGGUGACAAGAUCCAGCUUGGGAUGAAAGCCAGUUUGAGAUAUAUUGUUGAUUCUUUCCUGCCAGCCAAAUGAUUCUGCCAAAUGUUAUUGUCGCAUUUUCAGUUACCAUUUUAAUUCAAACGAAUUUAAAAGAAAAAAAAAAACCACAGGACAUCUUCUCAGCAACAUGGCAUUUACUUGUAAACCAGGGAGAAUUCAGUAGGGAUUUUUUAAUGCAAUAAAAUCAUGGUUACAGGUUCCACCA